UUUACGAGUAAAACUGAAAUUUAUAAUUAUAAAUGAAUACUGAUAGUUAACCAAACCAACUCCUCAUUAGUGUAAAUGGUGCAUAAUCAUUGUAAAAAUGUUUUUGAAGAAAGUUUAUACCCUUGUAUUUCUGCGUAAUGAAACUCAAAUCUUAUUAGGCUUGAAGAAACGUGGUUUUGGUCUUAAUAAAUGGAAUGGUUUUGGCGGUAAAGUGGAGCAAAAUGAAUCAAUUAUUGAUGCCGCAAUACGAGAAUUAAAAGAAGAAUGCUGUGUAGUUGUUAAUAAAAGCGAUUUACGAAAUAUUGGUCAUUUAGAAUUCACGUUUGAGGGAGAUUCAAUAUUAAUGGAUGUACGAGUAUUUUCAACUUCUAUUUAUCAAGGUGUUCCGGUGGAAACGGAAGAAAUGGCUCCGAAGUGGUACGCGUGUGAUGAAAUCCCUUUCGACGAUAUGUGGCCUGAUGACCGAAUUUGGUUUCAAUACAUGUUAAAAAAUAAAUUAUUCUAUGGUAAAUUCCAUUACAAGGGCUAUGACACUAUAUUGAAUUACGAACUACAAGAACUCCAAUCAAUGGAAACAUUUUACAAAAAUAAGAAGUAAUGAACCAUUUUUUUCUAUAAAAAAAAACAGAUCUGUUUUCUGUGAUUAGAAAAUUUGCCCAAAAUUAGAAAUUUUUUAAGUAAUUUAUUUGUUACCUAUUUGAUUUACAUCCAGCUGUGAUUUUAGCUCUAUAAGGUACUGAUAAUAUGGCUAUUAGAUAACUUGGAAGUUAUCCUUAAUUGUUAAGAAUUAGAAUUUGAAAGAAUAUUUAAAUAUGUUUUUUUAAAUACAGAUAUGUUAUUUGCAUUAGAUAAGUACCUAAAUUAUAGCUGUUACAGGUCUUGUGUACCAGCAAUCAUCAUUUAAAUGUUGAAAUACUUAAGUAUUUAAAUGCGAGCGAUGCGAUUUUAAAUACGAGCCUCUAGGAAAAAUAAUGUUCUACAUUUUUGAGUAAAGUUUUUGAUUCAUAAGUAAUUAUCUGAUUUAAUUUUAUCUUUUUGAUGUAAGUUUAUAUUUUGUUUAGGUACCUAUUUUCAUUUUACCAAAACUAAUGAAAAUUGAAACUGAUAAUUACAAGCAAGCAACACUGAAUUUUGAUAUUUACAAUUCCUUUAAUGCUUGGCUGUGAAAAAAAAUAUUGUAAGGAAACCUGUAUAUUUUAAAUUCAUAAUAUAAGUAUGAAAGUCUCAUGUGCAGUAUAUCCUUCAACCUGCAUUGGAGCAGUAAACCUUAAAAGGUGAAGAGGCCAUGACCGCUGGGUCAUUUACAUUACAGCUGGGUUAUUUCUUUCAUAACAUCAACUGCUUUGUGUAAAAAAUAAUUUACUAA